UUUAGUUUGUUUACAAAAUGGCGCUGAAAGACAAAUUUCGGUUGAAAACAGAAAGAAAGUGUUCAUUUGCCAUAUACUGAACUUCACCAAGAUCUAAAGACGAAAACAUACAAUGAAGUAUGUGACAUUAACUUUAAAACAUCGAUUCCUGGUUUUGAACUUCCAAGAAUGACUGACAAACCUAAAAAUGUUGGUGGCGAUUUUCGUCUUGCUGUUCUUCGAGAUUUGGGUAACCAGUUGCAGAUAAAAGCAGAAAGAAUGCGACUGUUAGCACGUGCAGAAGAAGGACUUGAGGAUGUUGAUUACAAUCCGUAUUCAUCAACACAUUUGCCUCGAGAAGCCACCUCCAUACUAACAGAAAUGAAGGUGAAAGAACCAAAAUUUGUUCAGAGUCACCCAAAAUCAAAGAUUCCAUCGAUGAUGCAAGCUGACAAUGAAAAAAAAGUUCCAGGACAAUUACAACCAGAGUCCAGCAAACCGGCCACAGCUGCAAGACAGAGAAGGCGUAACAAGGUCAAACCUGGGUCAAUGGGACAUACCACUAUAGAUAUCAAACAUUACCGGCCUGGCUACACAUGGAAUAGGGGUGGCAGGAUGAAGGAAAUUAGAAUCAGACAUUUGGCUAGAAAGUUUCUUUUAAUCUGGAAGAAGAAAGUUUUUGGAAGGGUGACCCCUUCCCAAGCAAGGGAGCACUACAGACUAAGAUUACUGCGGCAGACUUUUAGAGUAUGGCAUGAAAUGUGGUGGGAAUUACGGAAGGAAUGGCGUCUCGUAGUUAGGGCUGAAUGCCAUCAUAGAUAUGUGUUAUGGCAAAGAACAUUUCGAGCAUGGAGAGAAUUUAUAGAAAGACAAAGGAUAAAAAAUGCAAAACUUGCCCUGGCAGAAAAACAUGCAUCCACAAAGUUGACAAGGAAAUGCAUUAUGGGAUGGUGGCUGUAUGUACACAGCAGACGGAAGAAGAACGAGAAGAAUAGACAAGCCCUAACAUACCAUAAAAAUCGUUUACUGAGAACCUGUUGGCAGCAGUGGUAUUCAAGCCAUGAGUUAGUGUUACACAGGCAGCAUAUAGAGACUGUGGCACUGCAGUUUUGGGCGUACAGAAUUCAGGCACAGUAUUGGUUGAUAUGGCAGUCUAAGUUAUCUGACAGGAAAUCGGGCGUGAUGAAGCAGUACCGUGCAGUAAGACAUCACAAUACCAUCGUUGUACGAAGAUGUUUCCAGGCUUGGAUUUCAUACUGGGCCAGGAGGCGACAGAAGAUGCAAGAAAAAUAUCACUGCAAAAGACUUUACCAUAAUACAAUUCUCACUCGUGCCUUUGGGAUAUGGUAUAGAGCUUUCCAAUACAGAGAGGUCCUGCAUGACAGACAAGACAGAAUUACUAAACUUGCCGAAACAUUCCAAAAGCGACAAGCCUUUGUGCACUGGAAACACUGUAUCCUUGCCUGGUCCUUGAUUACAAUGUACAUUCUAAUGAACAGUCUUGAAAAACAUCCAGUUGCAGGUUUGACUGUAGAAUGUGUAAUUUUUGUAAGGCUAUUUCAGAGUGCAGGAUUCUCGGCAUUCAGAUUAUGUGUGGUGCAGAGGCAUCUGAAGGUGAUGAGGAAUGAAAUGGCAGCUCAGAUGAGAUAUAAACAUUUGACACAAUGGGGAUGGUUGACGUGGCUGUCUAGGUGUGAGAACAAGGAAGAACUUAAAAUUGUCACUCAGUCACACGUAGCAUGGAAACAUUACAGGUUAGUGAUAAUGAGAAAAUGUUUCAACCAGCUACAACUGUAUGCAGAAUGGAGAAGGCACAGACAGGCCCAGUAUGCCAAGGCAGAUGCCCAUUUCUACAUGCAAGAGAUGCCGAAAUACAUGUUUAGGUUGAAAGUGUUUGUACAGCUAAUGAAAAACAAGAGAGAAAAUGCACAAAUCGCCAUAGAAUUCAGAAGGGAGAAUGGACUUGCUCGUUUUUUCUACCUGUGGGUGAAUCAGUAUGAAUUCAGUAAGGAGUACAGAAUGAAUGAGAGAAUGGCAAUUCUUCAUUAUGAUGGUAAAUUGUCUAAAAGGUUUUUCCUGUCCUGGAAGCAGAAGACUGAAGAUGUUCUUCAGGAAGCAGAGAAAAUGGAGGUAGCCACAGAACAUCAUAAUGAGGUGCUAUGUAGAAGAUAUCUGUCAUCCUGGAGAGGCUAUAUACAAAACAUCAAGAAAAGUCAGAGACAGGACAUAGAAGCUUCACGAUACUAUUGUAGAAGGAUCAUGAAGAGAUGUAUCCAUGCAUGGAUUAGUUAUACAAGACUGCGUAGAGAGAAGAAACGUAAAACGGAGAGAGCACGAAAUCACUAUCACAGAAGAUUGUGUCAGAAAGUUAUUGCCAUGUGGCUACAUUAUGUGGAUACACAAAGAGCAAUUAAUGCUCGUGUAGAAAUCAUGUACAGAAGAAAAUGUUUACUUUUUCUCAGUGAAGCAUUUCAUACAUGGAAGGAUAACAUUGGUGAACAGAAACUGGAACGACACACAGAGCGUGUAGCUGACAGGCAUUACACACUUAAAAUACUUGCCAAGGUGUUUACAGCAUGGCACAGAUUCUCUGCCAUCCAUGCUUACAAGAAGUCAGAAACAAGGCAGUGGGUUGAGUCUGCCCGGCAGCAUCUAGAUUCAAGAGUUGUAGAAAUAUAUUUUUUAAAGUGGAAAGCUUACCAUAUAGAACAUAUGAGUAUGAAGAUGAAAUAUGCCAGAGCAGUAGAACAUCACAAUGUCAAGGUCAAACUGAAGGUCAUGGUAACCUGGCAACAGUUCACCAAGGAAUCGAUCAGAAAAUCUCUUUUGAGAAAACAGAGUGACUGGUUCCAUAACUUACGUCUGACUGCCAGAUGUUUUAUUGCCUGGAAACAUGCUUAUAGUGCAGCACAGGUAGAAAAACAGAAGUCCAGUCUGGCACUCUGGCAUUGGUGUCUUAAUCUUCAUAGAAAGGUGCUUAUGGCGUGGUAUAUGUACACCCAGCAGUGUAAACACAAGAAAUCUCUUAUACAGACAGCCAUGGAAUGCAGAAGAUCUCGUCUGAUAAAAAAUGGCCUCACACAAUGGCUUAGAGUUGCAGACGACAUGUCAGCUAUGAGAAAACAAAUGGCAGUCCAGCAGCAAGCCAAGAAUGUAUAUGAGACCUAUCAGUUAGUACUGAGGUGUGGUCUUCACUGGAAAGCCUGGGCAAGUAAACGUCGACAGGCCAGGGGAGGUCCAAAACCUACCGUCAGUGUAGGUGAUGCCAGAGGGAGAGUUGGUACAACAAGGGUGGAUAUCUCUGCAAAGAAGGUAGAAAUGGGUGGCCAAUCAAUGAAUUCUACACCAAGAUUUCCAUCUUCAUUAUUCAAUACACCAAGAGAGGCACCUGAUAAUCAUAUGACAAGUGCACGAUCUCACACUGAUGGUACUCAUGAGCCACAGUUACUUGCCCCUGUUCUCACAGCAUCACCUGGAAGGUCAAAGGUUAUACGUGCUGGCGGACAGCAAAUUGGUGUGCAAGCACAGCCAAGGGCUAGACCAAGACAACCAAGUUUCUUGAUGGAAUCUUUAAAAAGGGCUGGUCUAUUUGUUCAUGAUACACAGAGUGAACUUCAAACAGACCAAGUUACAGAAGAUAAAAUGAAACAAAAUUUACAAGUUUCAAAGCAGACGACAGAGAUUGAAAGACUGAAUCUCUCGAAUCUGACCACCAACCAAUCAGAUGUAGAUACUGAUAGAACUGUAACUCCACAUGAUUUACACCAAGAGAGACCUGGUAUAAGCUCUACCAGAAGUGAACAGACUGUGUCUGAAUAUAGUGCUAGAGUACCAUUCAAAAAUUAUGGAAAUAGUAGGGAACCAGUCAGUGAUGUGGCAGUUCCUUGUGGCAAACAGUUAGAAAAAGGGGGACAACUACUGCUGACAAAAUUAUUAUUAAAUAGUGAUUUAAACUCAGAUGAAAAUGUCAUACCAAUUCAAAGACAGGACAGAUUUGGGAUACAACAAAAUACAGCUGGUCUAAAUGUAUCUAAUAUUUCCAAAUUUACCCUUAUGACACCAGCAGAUUUUCAGAGUAAAAAAGACACCUACAUUGUUAAUAAAGAUUCAACAUUUACUCCAAGGACUGUAUCUGAUGUAGGGUCAACAGUGGUCAGUGAAUGCACUUCUUUAGCCUCAACCCCAAGAGUAUUGUGUCAGAACUCGGACCAUAAUCAUCCUUUGUCAGAAACUCGUUCAUUUAGAGUAACAGACUUUAAAGAGCAGAUAACUCCAAGAUCAACCAGUUCUGUAACACCCAGAGAACAGUUGUCUUCCCUUGGAUUUGAAUCAAAUUCUACACAAAUGAUUCAGAAGGAAAUUAUAAUAAUAAGAAACAGACUGAAGAGCUUUGAUCAGAAGAAGAAAAAACUUCGAAAAAUGCAGAAACAGUUAAAGCAGCUCUGUGAUUGGCUCAAGGAUAUAGAGGUUAAAGGUCAGGAUACAGAAGAUGAUGAUGUCAUCAGUGCCAAACAGGAAGUGCAGGAGCUCUCCAAUGAUGUUGAAGUUCUAAAGAAAUCAGUGGAGGAGGAGAAAACACAAUGUGCCAGUCUUGUGGAACGUGUGAAAGUUCUUACCUCACAGUUGACAUCAUGAGCAUUAGUUGCUGUGUGAAACUGUUAGGCAUUUUUAAGUCUUCAACUAUAACCUGGAUGCAAACUCUUAACCUUUUGUGAGCCAACGAAAUCAACAAGGCUUCAUAUAGUGCACUAGUCUUGUGGAAUAUGUAAAAGUUCUUAGAUAAAUUUGGCUAUGUGAACUCUACCUGUUUUGUUAUAAUGUUUAGGACUCGGAUCUUUUAGAGAUCAGAUAUUUUCGCUGGGCCAGUAUUAUGUGAAUUAGGAAAAUUAACUUUAUUUUUUUUUCCUGAACACAUUCACUAAAUUAGUACGCAGUCUGGAAUGAAGUAGAGGUCUGGAAAGUCAUAUGUCCUAUGCUUGUAUCAGUGUGACGUUAAACCCAACAAAAACAAAAAAUGAAGUAGAGAAUAUUGUAUAAAAGUCUGCAAGAAGAGAAAAAAUCAGUUUACAGUGUAGUAAAGUAUCUUACUAUAGUUACAUCCAUGGUUAAUAUUUCAUGUAAAUGUUAAUCUAUCAACAUUUUAAACUUCACAUUACAUGUUGAUAACUCAGGUUUUCCUUUUUAAGCAUAUAUGUAUAAAUUUCUUAUUGAUGAUAAUUUCAAGGCUCUUCAGUGACACUGUUAUAGUGGAGAAAAAUUCAGUGCUAUUGAUUGAUUAUUAAUAUCAGGAUGUUACUGACAUGUUGUUAUUAGAAAUCCACUAUUGGAAAUACACAAUUUUCGAAAAUACACAUUGUUACAAAUACACAAUUGACAGAAAUGUGGAAAUGCACAGUUUUUAGGAAUAAACAGUUUAGAGUACACAGUUGUCAAAAAUGCACAGUUGUCAGAUUCACAGAAUGGUUAGAAAUACACAGUUUACCGAAAUAUAUACAUGUCAGAAUGUACAGUUGUCAAAAAUACACAAUGUUUGAAUUCACAUUUGUAAGAAAUACACUGUACCUGAAACACACGGUUCUCAGAAUUAGUCCUUUUGACACAAAUAUUACAUAGCUUUACACUGCACAGAGUAGCUUCCAUCCAGACAGGUCAAAUUUUUAUUUACUUGAGGAAGUUAAAGCAGUGUAACUAGUUUAAUUUCUUUGAAAUAACCCUUCCUGCUAAUAGUUCAAGGGGGACGAACCUUCCAUUGGUUUUGAACAGGAAGGACAUAAAUCUUCGUAUUAAUAGAUUUAAUGGGAAGGGUUUUGUCAUACCUGUUACAACUGUGGGAGUCAUUCAGUUCACCUCAUCAGAAAAGUGGGAGAGUCUUUGUCUUGCUUGUGUCAACAGUGGGAGGGGUUUAUUUCAUUUCAUGGGUUUUGUCUAUUUUAUCUACAGCAUAUAUUCAUUCUUGCAUAUAAUGUAAAAUGUUAUUUUGCUAUUGUUACAAUGCAGAAAAAUGUUGUUGGUCACUCACAGACAAAAAAGUGAAGAGUUUAUUUGAAUAGACCUAUUUCAUGAACUUAAUUUAGUUUUAGUAUGAAAAGCCAGAGUUAUAUUGUAAAAUGUAAAAUGCAUGGUUAAAAAUAAAAUUAACAGGUCUUUGAAAAUGUGUUUUUGGUUUUAGAAACUUGGGAAAGUUUGAAUACCUGUAAUGUACUGUCAGACAUUUUAAAUCGUGACAUUAAAGGGAGAAUGGCUCCAGAUUUUGUAUCAAAUAUUUCAAAACUAAGAAAGUGCUUUUAUGCAUUAGUAAUUGCGGAUAAUAUAAGAAACUUUCACUGGUUGAAGGUAUAGAUUGAAAUAUCUGGCUCAAGGGUAGCUGUUAAGGUGGUAACGAGGCUCUGUCAAGUUACUGCUAAAUGUGUACACAAGAGCUGGGUGUUUCCUUCUACACCUACAACCUGUUUUCUGGCAUACCAUAUUCUUCAAGUAUUAGAAGUUAAAUAAAACAAAUGCUUUUCUUUUAAGCACUGUUUGAUUGUAGUAACAUAUAAAUUGAUGCAUUCAUUCAUAAACUAUAGACAUCUUAUAUGCUGGGGUGUUAGUCAAUUUUUUCCAGCAUCGACAAAAAGACAGGAAAAUCCUGUUUGAUAUACAAGAAUUAAGUAAAGUUCAUUCUACAUAAAAAGUUAUCUUGAAAAACACUCUUGUAGUCAUUUUGGUUUGGUGAAAUUUUAACUUUUAGAUCGAAUUCAUAUACAUGUAUAUAAAUUUCCUGUUUCUUCUGUCCAUGAUACUUUCUCUGAUUCUUGAACAGUGUUGCCACUUCAAUCAAUAAUUGUGACAUGAUUUUUCAAAGCAUUGUUACAACUCAAGAUUUACAAUAGUUAGAAUUCAAUUUGUUCGGGUUUAAGGAACACAAUAAUAUAUUGCUCUUCCUAUGAAUCUUGUUAAAUAUUAGUUAUGCUAGUAUAUUCAUAUUUAUUAAAUAUUUAUUAAAUAUAUUUACAUAAAAAGUGA